CUCCAGGAAUCACGUGACUCGAAGCGGCACAUCUUAAUGACGUGCUCUGUGUUUUGGUUCCUAGUAGAAACAUCGCUGUAGGCCUCUCAUUCAAAGGUUUGUUCCCUGAUAUCUGUGGAGAUGAACAAAAACAAGGCGAGCGGAGUGUCAUGGGUGAAACCAGCGGAGCCUUCUUUCCUGAAGAAGUUUAAAAACGACGUCGGGUACAAAGAAGGGCCGAAUGUUGACACUAAGCGUCAGGAGAUGCCGACACUGGAUGACGACAGCGGGAGUGAUAAAGAGGACGAGCUACCUCAGGUUGUGGUCCUGAAAGGUGGAGACCUGACGGCAGAUGAGGUGAAGAAGAUCAAGGACGAUAUGCGUGGGGGCGAAGGCACAGAGAAAGACGACGAGCCGCCUCCUGAUGGCAAAAUCCUCUUCAAGAAACCAGCGAAGCGCUCCUCCUCAGACAAAUUCCAGGGCAUCACCGCCAGCUCCAGCAAAAAGAAGAAGAGUGAGGGAGGAGAGAAAGAGAAAGAGAAGGAGAAGGAGAAAGAAAAGGAGGAGGAGGUGGGGGAGAAGAAGGAGGCAAAGUCUGGAAAGAAAGUGAAAAACAACAGUCUGCUGUCGUUCGGAGGAGACGAGGAAGAGGAGGACGACUGAAUGUUACUGAAGAAACGUAAGACUGUCAUUCACCUCUGCCACUGAGAGGAAUCAAAGAUGUUUGAACGUUGACAGUAAACCAUGACAUCAUAGCCCACAUGUUAAACACAUUAUUUGAGUUCAUCUCAUGACGCAGCGCCUCCAUCCAGUAGUUGACUUUCAGUACGUUUGCAUGUCUUCGCCCAUCGACUACAAACAGCGUGUUCCUUAUAUUACUGAUGAGUGUUUCAUUUUGAUUCUGCUGUAAAGAUCAGCCUGUACAGAAGUCUGGACUGGCUGAAUAGGAAAUCCAUCAGAUGUUUAUAUAUCUUCAUUUUCUAGACUCCCAUAAUGUUUGUUCAGGAGUUCAGGAACUACUUUCAGCUCCAGACGGUUCAUUCAAGGACACUCAGAGAUCCUCAGAUCCAUAGUUUGCUUUGCAGAAACAACGAAGGCUGAACAGGCCGAGGAAAAUAAUCAUGUUCUGACCAAUACUGCGCUUCUAGGGAUGUUCUUCAGUGUGUAAAUUGUCAGUCAUUGAAAGGAAAUUUAAAUUCAGACUAGCUACAAGUCAAAAGGUCAGAGAACCCUCCAGAAAAAGACGUUUAAAUCAAGCACAAUUCAUGUAACACGGCUAAAUAUGGGAUCACAGAGUCUGCAUCUUUUUAGAGUGAGGACACGUUAGCAGGGCGAGCACCACCAGCGUCCAGACCCCUCUGCAGGUUAACGUCUGCAUGCCUGUGUCUGUUACCAGUUAACCAGACACAACUUUUAUACAACUUGAUCUGCAUUUUCUAAAUCAAAAGUGUGCCGCGCUACGAGAUCAGAGAGUCAUGACUCGUUUAACCAACUAGUAAGUUUGGUGUCAACUAGCGAGGAUGACGUGACGUUCAAACGCUGCAUCCUUCGUCCACACAGGAUCACACGAAUUAAGUGUUUUGAUUUCUUUCAGAGCUACGUAAAGUCGUGAUUCUUCUCUGACGAAUAAUCCUCGGUCUAGACGCCCGCAUGCAGAGACCGUACAGGUGUCUCUGCAUCGUGGAAACUUACCUUUAACUAUCUUGAUCACGUCUGUUAUCACGAUAUUUCUAUUCAUGAGGUCAAAAAUAAAGGGACAACACAGAACGCUAAUGGAUGUUGCAUAAAAAUGAGAGUUAACUGUCCCCUGUGACAAAUAUUUACAGGUGUACAUACUGGUAGAAAUGUUCAUAUCUGCAGUUAAUUUUUAAAGCUUCAUGGAUUGAUAAUUUCUACAUCCCUUCUAAAGAGUGUCUCAAAUAUCCAAAGUGCUAAUGAAUGCUCCUACAGCAAGGUUUUUAGGUUCAAUAUGUCCUAAUGUGAACUCAUUUGUGCUGAAAAUGGAGAACAAUAUUCACCUUGUUCACCUGGCUCAACCUAACUUACAGUCUCUGCAGACAGAGAGUUUGUAAAGACUUCAUAUCUUGAAAUAUUGAGCCGUCCGUAAGCUUUACUUUGUUUUCAUGUAGACGUGUACUGAACUGACACCUACGUGAAAAGCUUUUGUGAACACUCUGUCUGUUUCCUUUUUCAGAAGUGAUUAAUGGAUCCACGUUUUUUGAGAGUUCUGCAAAGACGAACAGAUACGAGACCCGAGCUGAACUCCUAUGGUGCUUUUAAAUCUUUCGGUGAAGGUUUAAUAACUCUGAGCAAACUAUGCAACUUAAUCUGACACAUGAAAACCAGGCAACACCAGGUCAAAAAACUAGUUCUGGAUUAUUAUCUACGCAGACAACUCAACACCAGGGUAGUCAGAACAAGUUCAGCACAUUUUUACAGUUAUGAGACAUUUACUCUCUUUUCUUUUGCCCGUGUGUUCAUGAAACAUCUUCAAGUUCAAAUCUCCAAAUGACUGGUCCUCCUGAGUUUCUGUGCCUUCCAUUUCAGGAAACAAUAAAGCAAUAUCUCCAUGACAAAGCUGCAGGUCCCACAGGAUGUCGUCACACCGCUCAGACAUGUUAAGAUGCGUGUUAUCUUCUUCCCUUCAGUUUGAAUCAUCAUCAUCUCCUGAUCAUGUAGAGUUCCCCGUAGAGUCAUCAGAGCUGUACUCGUGUUUGUUCGUAACGUGGAGGUGCUUCUCGUAGAAUUUUGAAUACAUUCAAUGAAGUGUUGGAUGUAUGAAUAUAUUCUAGCUUCGGCAAAGGAGCUGUACAUUUCUGUAGAACAAUGCAUUCUUGAUAAUGCUGUUGUAUGAUUUUUAAAACGUGAUUUUUUUAUUUUGUGUAUUUUUAGAGUGUUUGUGGCUGUGACAUUUUAAAUAUAAAACAUUAAAUUUAACUGUUCAACAUC